AUGUAUCGUCAGUCUCUACUCGCGAUCGCGCGAAAUAACAUUACAUAUUCGACUUUCCCCGCUGGUGGCAAAUGUUUUCACCGUACGCACGGUGGUAGUGCAAAACGGGACACCUUUCGAGCAGGAUUCCCCGGAGCGGCGCUCUUCUCCUCGUACAAACGCGCCAAGGUGCAAGGAGGUGCAAAGAGGUGCACCAGGUGAUUCUCCAGACAGAUAUCCCCGGGAAGCAUGACUUCAAAAGUGAUUUGGUUCUUCACCCUGAUGUGCCUGGCUGCCGAAAGUCUCGGGAAGCCGACGAUCUACAAGAGGAACGAGGACAACAUCUUCGAGCCCGUAAUGGUACCUGUAUCGUCCACGGUGAUUCCACUACCAGUUUAUAAAGUCGAAUAUGGUUUUGAUUUCAUAUCGAAGGACAAGAAGGCCCAGUCUGCUUUCAAACCGGAUGGCGUACUAAAAUUAAUUACAGUGAAGAAGAGCUACGAGAAGAAAGCGUAAUGUAACGUUGUUGUCUGCUAACAUCGCCAUAUUCGUGGAUAAUCAACGUUGACCUAAUUGCGAUCACGAUGGAUUUAUUUCAUGCCAAAUCAGGAUUAUAGAGAGGCUAACGAACAGUAAUAAUUUUGCAAGAACUGCCAUAAAUAUCGUAACUUAUGUACUGUAAAGGCACUUUGAGAUGACUGUACAGCUUUGGUAUCAGUUUAAGAAAUGCUUACCUUACAGAUUCUUACACUAUUAUUACGGCAAACGAAUUGCCUCGUCGAUAUACCUGAUCAACUCACAACCUACAGUCAAACUCGGUAUCUCCGUUUGUGAUUUUGUUUCAUCAAAGGAUAAUCCACUGUCUAAAGUCAUUCUGAAAAUCAGUUUCUAGGUCGAGUUCAGCACAGCGGUUCAAAGCUUGAAACCAAAAACUAGUUUACCCUCCAGCGUGUCAACGCCGACGCUAAGAGGAACAGAUAUAGAUUCAUGUUCACUGUUUAUAUCUCCUACAACCCCGGAAUCAAUAAUUUCAUCUAAAUUCGUUAAAAAUAUAAACAGCGAGUACGAACCAUAGUGCACAAU